AUGGUUCAAAAGUUCUACCCUGGCUUCCGAGACUGCUACAGCCCCCAAAAAUUCCUGUGCGCACAAAAGGCCGUCGCCUUUGGCACCUUCCGCGGAUUAGACAAGUUAGGGGGUCUCAGCAGGCUUGGGUCAGGCCAAGCAAGGCACCUCCGUGCCCCUAGCCAGAGCGGUGCGGGCUGCGGAGCCUACCCAGCCGGGAGCCCAGUGCCAGGCGGCAGCGGCUUCCCAAGCGCGGCGGCAGAUCCGGGCCCGCCCGGAAGUGCCCGGCGCUGGAGGAGGGAGCAAGGGCCCGCGAGUCGCCGCCGCCGCGCGCACGCGCCCUCGCGGGCUGAGUACAGGGCUAGAGUCGUAACUCGGCAGCCGGAGCCCAGACUGGCCCGCGGCGGGGGGGUGGGUGGGGGCUGCGCGGGGGCGGGAGCAGUGGAGGUGGCCGCCCCUGGCGGCGGGUUUGUUUAUCCCGGAGAAGAAGUUUGGAAGCGGGAGAUAGGGAAGGAGGGCGGGCCGGGGAGGAGGGAUGCGGUUCGGCGGAGGCGGCCGCCACAGGGACUUGCCGCCAUCACCCCUGCCGCCGCCACCGCAGCCUCGGGCUCCCAGGGUCGACUCGGCCGCCGCCUCAGCAGGAGAGGAGCCUCCUCCGGGACUGCCAGCUGCCGCCCCGCACGUCCAGAGACAGGGGCUCACUAUCUUGCCUAGGCUUGUCUCCAACUCCUGGCCUCAAACGAUCCUCCCACCUUGGCUUCCCAAAGUGCUGGAUUACAGAUGUGAGCUACCCAACCCAGCCAUAGAAGGAAUAUACUUUAAAACAGGGUCACUUCUAUUAAACCUUGUUUCUGAAAUAACUUCUUAAGUUAUUGUAGAAACAUCAUUGUGUUACUUUCUUCCACUAAGGUAGUGUUCCUGAAAUUUUAUGUUAGGAAAAUUGUAAUUUUAAAAAUUUAUUUUUACUAGUUUUUACUGGCUUUAAAAUCUUUUCAUCUUACCUUCUCCUUGGUUUUAAGUUUUGUAUGUCUUGGGUAACGACUGUAUGCUUUUCAAGUAUUGAUUAUGGCUUUUAGAGAUACCCUUUUAGAGGCCUUUUAUCUUUUUGUUGAAUAUUACUAUAGCUCCUGUUUGGUAUUCUUUAUACCUGCUUGUAUGUUCUAAAGGAGGUCAGAAUAAUUAUUAGCAUUAUAUUCUGAAUUGUGUAAUAUAUGAGACUAAACUUUACAUAGGUAAAAGCUGGCAGAUUAAAACAAUUUUUUAUCCUCAAGUAUAAAACCAUGGUUGGGAUGAAAAUAUUCAUCUCUGUGAUAUGAAUAUAUUUAAAAAAUACUCCCCUUCCCUUAACACACACACUUCUUUGGAGUUGGUUUGUUUGCUUUCGUCGUAUAUUAGCUAAAUGAAUAAAAAUAUUUAGGGUUAACAAUUGAAAAUAAAGAGGUGUUUUUAUUUUCUUUAUAACUAAUGCAGAUCUGAAGGUUAAUAGUAUACCUAAAAAGUAGUAUCAUGCUUUUGGAAUAUUAUUUUAUUGGUAUAAGCUGAGAAUAAAUUAAAAAAACAAAAAUAACAAAAUAUUAUAUUUAUUGACAAAAUAUCAUUGUUUUCUGUUUGGGUAUGUUUUCUGAAGCAAAUUUAACAAUGUUUUUCUUGUGUAAACUGCAUUUGUAAUUACCCUCCCUGAGCCCCCCUUCAAGUAGUUGAGUGAUUUUUUUAAAAAAUAGAUUUUAUUUUUUUGAAGAUAUUUUAGGUUCACUGAAGAAAUUGAGCAGACUCUACAAAGAUUUUCCAUAUACCCCCUGCACCCAAAUAGACAUAGCCUCCCUCCCCAGACCCCCACUUCAAGUAGUUAAGUGAUAUUUUAAAGUAGAUUUUUUUUUUUUGAAGCUGUUUUAGGUUCACUGAAGAAGUUGAGCAGAAUCUACAAAGAUUUUCCGUAUACCCCCUGCACCCAUACAGACAUAGCCUCCUCCUUAUCACCAUCCCCACCACAGUGGCCCAUUUUUUAAACUGAUGAAUCUACAUUGACCCAUCAUUAUCACCCAGAGUGCAUUAUUUACAUUAGAUUCAUGGUUGGUAUUGUAUAAUAUUUUCUAUGGAUUUGGACAAUUUUUAUGACAUGUAUCUGCCCUUACGAUGUCUCUUACAGGGUGCUUUCACAGCCCUAAAAAUCAUCUGACCUAGGCCUAUCCAAUCUUCCUACCUGCAGCCCCUGACAACCAUUGGUCUUUUUACUGUUUUGCCAUUUCCAAAGUGUGUAAACUUUUCAGAUUAGUUUCUUUCACUUAGUAUUAUACAUUUUAAGUUUCCUCUGUGUCUUUUCAUGGCUCAAUACCUCAUUUCUUUUUAAUGCUAAAUAAUAUUUUAUUAUCUGAAUGUACUACAGUUUUUGACCUACUGAAGGUUGUCUUUGUUAUUUACAAGUUUUGCAGAUUACAAAUAAAGCUGUUAUGAAAAACCUUGUGCAGGUUUUUAUGUAGACAUAGGUUUUUCAGCUCUUCUUGGUAAAUAUCAAGGACCAUGACUGAUGGAUAGCAUGAUAAGAAUAUGUUUAGUUUUGUAGGAAACCGCCAACUGUCUUUCCAAGUGACCAUACCAUAUUGCAUUCACACCAGCAAUGAGUGAGAGUUGCUGUUGUUUCACAUCCUUGUCAGUGUUUGGUAUUAUGCUGCUGUUGGUUGAAGUAGUCUAUAGAUGUCCAUUAUGUCCAGUUGAUUGUGUUCAAAUUUGUCAUUACUGAUUUUCUGCCUGGGGAUCUGCCCAUUUCUGUUAGAGGGUGUUGAGUGCCCAACUAUGAUAGUGGAUUCAUUUAUUUCUCCUUGCAAAUCAGAUUUUGUCUUACAUUUUUUGACACUUGUUAGGUACAUAUAAAUUAUGGAGACUUUACCUCUUUAUCACUUUAUAAUGACCCUCUUUAUUCCUGAUAACUUUCCUCACAUUAAAGUAUAAUUAAGUGAUUUUUAAGGUAAAAAUUUCAAUAGUCUCAAGGUGUUUUUUCGGCUGUCAUUUGGAUAUAUUUUUUACUGUUUUAAUGGGAAAUUCCUCUGUAAAUAGUUUUUAUAAUAUAAGACCAAAAAAUGAAAUAAAAUAACAGUGAGUGUAAAUUUGUUCUGAGAUUGCCAAGGCAAGUACAAAUACAGGAAGCUGCCAAAUACCUAAAUGAAUUGAAUUUCAUUUAAUUAUUAUUAUUAUUAUUAUUAUUAUUUUGGUGGCAACACUUCAGAUCAGUUUAAAUCUUUGUUAACUAUUUAGGAAUUAAGUCAAGUUUUGGUAGAAAAGCUCAAGUAGGGCAUGGGCACACACUAAGCAGAUUUAGUCAUUUCUGAUUGCAUUUAAGGUGCAUCUUUAUUCUGCA